CGCAGGGUUUUUGGAUGUUUUUGCAUCCAGCUCCAACUCGCAGAGAGGGUUCCACUUGGGAUGGCUGCAGUAUCACCAUGGCGUGGGAUCAGCACAGGCAGUAGCCUUCUGCGGCCAUUUCGACCAGCUGCAGGGCAGAGAAAGGUGCCUGGAGCGUCUGGUGGAGCUGUUUGGCGCUUGGAGGCCAGCUGUGGCCUUGCAGUGGCCGCGACCCUGCGCCGCGCCGAGUCCCGAAGGUCGCGGCGGCUGUCGCAGCGGGCGACGGCGGUGGAGGAGGUCUCAACCACUGCUACAGAAGAGUCAGGUUCGUCUUGGAAAUACGACCUCAUCCGCUCAGUGGGCGAGGAGUGCCAGACAGAGGCAGAGCUGCGGAAGCUGGUGGAAAAGAAACCGGACUUCGUCUGCUAUGAUGGCUUCGAGCCCUCGGGACGGAUGCACAUCGCGCAAGGGGUCUACAAAUCCGUCUGCGUGAACAAAUGCACGAAGGCUGGCGGGCAAUUCAUUUUCUGGGUGGCAGAUUGGUUCGCCCUCAUGAACGACAAGAUGGGUGGAGACAUCGAGAAGAUCCGCACCGUCGGGAAGUACCUCAUCGAAGUUUGGAAGGUCAUUGGGAUGGACAUGUCUAAGGUGAAGUUCCUUUGGUCUUCCGAUGAGAUCAGCCGUCGCGCCGAGGAGUAUUGGGGUCAGGCGCUUGACAUUGGAAGCCGCACGACUUUGGCUCGGGUGAAGAAGUGCUGUCAGAUCAUGGGGAGAGGUGAAGACUCCCUGACAGCCGCGCAGAUCCUCUACCCCUUGAUGCAGUGCACGGACAUCUUCUUCUUGAAGGCAGACAUUUGCCAAUUGGGUGUCGAUCAACGCAAGGUCAACAUGCUUGCAAGGGACUAUUGUGAUGCAGCAGGGCGGAAGUUGAAGCCGGUGAUCCUCUCGCACCAUAUGCUCUAUGGCUUGAAGAAGGGCCAGGCCAAGAUGUCCAAGUCCGAUCCAGACAGCGCCAUUUUCAUGGAAGACGCUGCAGAGGACGUGACCCGGAAGAUUCUGAACGCCUACUGUCCCUCCGCGCCGGAAGACCAAGAAGCCACGUCGCAAGAGGGCAUGUCCCUGGUGGAGGAUGCUCUGAAGAAUCCUUGCUUGGAUUACAUUCAGUACACCUUGUUCUCCAGAGAAGACUUUCGCUUUCAAGUGGGAGAACAGGUAUAUGAGAGCUUCCAGGACUUGAAGGAUGACUUUGUCCAAGGAAAGCUUGAGGAGGCCCUUUUGAAAGAGAGCUUGGCCAAUGAGGUCAAUUCGCUGCUGGAACCUGUCCGAAGACAUUUCGAAGAGGACGCGGAAGCCAAAGAGCUCCUAGAGAAGGUCAGUGCCUGGCGUCGGGGCGAGGACAUUGUCAUCAAGUCCUUUCCGACUCACUUGGGCUUGGAUCUGGGUGCAGAGGCUCUUGCGGUGGUCUUUGCACCCUUGCCCUCUGAGUUGCUCCGUCUCUCCGAUGUCUUCCAGGUCUUAGAAAGCCUCCGCAGCGCUGAAGGCAAGCGAGUGCUUUGGCUCCAGGACUGGAGCGCCAAAGCUGUCGGGGCGGCCGGCGGAUCAGUUGAUUGCGUCAAGGGCUUCUACCAGUUGCUGUUGCAUGGCUUGAAUGCGCUCGACCCCGAGCUCAUGAGCGAGGUCACGGUGCAGUGGCAGGGCGAGGCCAUCCUGUCCGGGCCUUCGGACUAUUGGACCUCCGUGAUCAAUGCAGGUCGUCAGUGCUCACUGGAGGCCAUUCGUGGGGCCUUGGCAGCGGAUGAGGAGCUGGAGAUUGCUGGGCAGGUCGUUGCAACAAUCAUGCACCUGGGCGACGUGCUUGCGCUGGUGGGAGGACGUGAGGUUGUUCUAUAUGCCACAUCGCGGCAGAGGAACAUGCACGACCUGGCAGCCAAGCACGCAGAGGCUUGCGGCUUUGCGGCUCCAGAGAUCCAAGUGGUGGAUGCGACCUCCCUGAGACUUCAAGCCGAUGGAGAGGGUUUAGAGGUGGAUACCCAGAUCCUCCUCACGGAUUCGGAGAUGGAUAUCAACCGAAAGUUCAAGAAGGCCUUCUGUGAGCCCGGCAACGUGGACUUCUGUCCACCGGUGAACUGGGUUCAGGCGCUCUUGACGAAUUUCCAGCUGAAGGAUUUCGUGGUCUCUCGCAAAGAGCAGAACGGCGGUGAUUUGCGCUACGAUGACCUCCAGAAGCUUCGGGAGGACUUUGGAGCGGAGGUGCUGCACCCUGGCGACCUGAAGCCCUCGUUGGCCAAAACCAUGAACUCUGCGAUGGCGAAGCUCCGCGAAGGGCUGAAGAGUAAAGACCUCAAGACUGCGCAGAAAAAGCUCGCGAACUAUGCCAAAUCGCUAAAAAAGAAGCAGAAAUGAUUGUGCCAUGAGAGAAGCUGGGCAGCGCAGUGCAGCCAGCCUCCGAAGUUAAGCGGAGAAGAGCCCGCGUAGUACUGACCUAGGCCCUAGGCCCUUUGCAAGCUCGAAUUCUUUAAAAACCGUUUCGUUCCGCUUCGUGCGGAGGUUUUCGUGGGCUUGGCCAGUCCAGUGGCUCCAGGUAUCCACAAACUAGAGGUGCCUCUGGGUGC